AUGUUUUUCUGGCCUGUGUCUAUGGUCCUUAUCUCGAUUCUGGCGGAUUUUGGCUGCAUCAUUGUUACAGAGAGAAGAACUGCAUAUUGGAGCUUUGGAGAUCAUUAUUGUAUUAAAAAAGCUCACUACUGGAAAUCAUUAACUCACGCCUUUGGAGUUCUUGCUGGCAUCGCAUGUUUGGUUUGUUUAGUUAUUUUCGAGGUCCUUGAAAGCUGGAUGUUGGGACUAAUUAUUUAUUUCAUUGUCAGUUGCCUUUUUCUUUUCAUUUAUGAAUUCAUAAAAUUGCGUGUUCGGUUUUCGCGGCGCAAGCGGAUCAUUAUGAAUCUUAAAAGACACGAACAAUGCCUUAAAUUGGAGAAAGAAGUCAAAAGGGUUAAAGAAGAAAAGAUAAGAGAAAAAGAAGAAGGAAUAUGUCUUGAGUCAGAACUCGCAUGGCUAGAAAUGGAGGAUGUUAUCCGGUCAUGUCAACCAUGGAAUGUCCUCGAAAGAACUUCUGUGCGUCUUCGGAAAGAAGCUAAUGAGCUCGAAAUCGACGCUGACAAAUAUCUUGGUAAAGUUGAAGAAAGACCCACACAAUCAAAUUUUUGUGGCGUUUAUCGAAUUCCGGGAUAA